CUGAUGGAGAAUAGGACAGAAGUGACACAGUUCAUCCUGCUGGGACUCACUGAUGACCCAGGCCUGCAGGUUCCCCUCUUUAUCACCUUCUUCCUCAUCUACACCAUCACCCUGGUUGGGAACCUGGGGAUGAUCCUGCUGAUUCUCUUGGACUCUCGGCUCCACACUCCCAUGUACUUUUUCUUAGGUAACCUGUCUCUGGUGGAUUUCUGUUACUCUUCAGCCAUCACUCCCACAGUUAUGACUGGACUCCUAAUAGGAGACAACAUCAUGUCCUACAAUGACUGUGCUGCUCAGAUGUUCUGUUUCACUGCCUUUGCCAGUGUGGAAAAUUAUCUGUUGGCUUCAAUGGCCUAUGAUCGCUAUACAGCAGUGUAUAAACCUCUUUACUAUUCUACAACCAUGACUGCAAGCAUGUGUGUAUGUCUCAUCGUAGGUUGCUAUGUCCUUGGUUUCCUGAAUGCCUCCAUCUACACUGCAGAUGCCUUUAGUCUCUCCUUCUGUAAGUCCAAUGUGGUCCAUCACUUUUUUUGUGAUAUUCCAGCAGUCAUGGUUCUCUCUUGCUCUGAUAGACAUGUUAAUGAGCUGGUUCUUGUUUAUGUAGUGAGCUUCAAUAUCUUUUUUGCUAUUACAGUCAUCUGGAUAUCUUACAUAUUCAUCUUUGUUAGCAUCCUAAGAAUGCACUCUGUUGCAGGACAUCGGAAGGCCAUAUCCACCUGCGUCUCCCACUUCACUGUAGUCUCCAUUUUCUAUGGAACUGUCAUCUUCAUGUAUCUACAGCCCAGUUCCAGUCACUCCAUGGACACAGACAAAAUCGCGUCUGUGUUCUACACCAUGGUCAUCCCUAUGCUAAACCCUCUGGUCUACAGCCUGAGGAACAAAGAGGUCAAGAAUGCACUAUUAAAGUUCAAGAAUACAUUCACUUUUUGGAGGAAAAAUAAUAUUUAG